UCCUCCAACACUGACAACCUUCACCACCCAACAAUUACGGUAGUGUUGUAGCGGCUCCUCCAACACUGACAACCUUCACCACCCAACAAUUACGGUAGUGUUGUAGCGGCUCCUCCAACACUGACAACCUUCACCACCCAACAACAACAUCAUGGCAGCACAAGGGGUCGGAGGAGAGCGCCGAGAAGUCGUCAGAGAUGGAGAACAGAAAGACAAGAAGCGGAAGGAAUCGAUUCUGGAUUUAAGCAAGUACUUAGACAAGGCUAUAAGAGUCAAGUUUUCCGGCGGCCGUGAAGCUUCGGGAAUCUUGAAAGGCUUCGAUCAGCUGCUGAAUCUUGUGCUUGAUAACACUAUUGAAUAUCUUAGAGAUCCAGACGAUCCAUACAAACUGACAGAAGAUACAAAAGAGCGGGGCUUAGUUGUGUGUCGUGGGACUGCCGUCGUACUCAUCUGCCCAAUGGACGGUUGUGAAGCGAUUGCAAACCCUUUUGUACAGCAAGAAACCUAACCACAUUAACUGUCAUAAGUAUUUCACAUCGUAUAUAACUUUCAUUUAAAGUACAUGAUCUCAUGUUACGAGAUGUCGAGAAUGAUUUUCUACAAUUUAUAUUGAAAGAUGGCUAAUGUUUGUUUUUAUUUAUGUAAUAGCUAUACAUUGGUAUAACUUGCAUAAAAAUAUACAUUAGUAUAAAGUAUACUACUGACUGAGGUAUUUAAUGUUCCAGAAAUGAGAAAGCCUAGUUUUGUUCCAAAUUAUCUUCAUUAGGAAAAAUUAUAAAGAUGUAUCCAUAAAGUUAAUGUUAAGUUUGAUGCAAAUUAUCAGCCUAAUUAAAUAUUUUGAAUUCACAUGCUAAUGUAAAAAAAUUUGUAAAAUGGAAAUGUGACUAUAUACUUUAAUAAAAUAUUAAAUAAUACAAAGGAAAUUAUGGUUAUUA